UGAUGAGAUCUGAGUGUAUCCCACCCCAACAAAUCAGGAGCAGACCCCGGAAUCCCUCCCUAAUCCUAUCACUGACCUUAUAUAGAGACCCCCAGAGAGGAGACCACAAAGACACCAUGAGCCCCCUACAGGCAAGUCUGCUGACCCUGCUCUUAUACACAGCAGGUGGCGCUCUCUCUCAGGUCCAUGUUCCUCAGGGCCCCCUUUUGCGGGUGGAGGGCUCGGCGGUUGCCCUGUGGUGUAAUUCCAGCGGGCCCCUGGUGAGUGGCUUUGAGUGGUCGGUGAUCCCCGCACAUCCCCCCAGACAUCGGCUGCAGAUUGUCAGCUCUGUGGACCAGGACUUCUCGUACGCGGUGUACAGGGACCGGGUGACGGUCAGGAGGGAGAUCUACCUGGAGAAGGUGAGAAGAGACGCCAGCAGACUCCACCUCCUCCGCCUCCAGGCCAGGGACACGGGCGACUACGAGUGCUACGCCCCAAACACCCCGCACACCUACUACGGGGGCCACAGCGCCAAUGUCCGGCUGACAGUGAUCCCGGACUCCCUGCAGGUUUCGCUCCUCUCCCCUGCGGACUUGACGCUCUCUGAGGACGCCCGUGCGGUGCUGACCUGUGAGGUGGUCUCUGUCACUCCGCAGCACACUCACGUCUCGGUCACCUGGUUCCAGCGCAGUGCGGGGUCCUCUCGGCCCAUCGCCUCCCUCUCCCGGGAAUCCAUCACCUCUGUGGCCUCCGCCUUCAUGACCAGAGACCCCCGCCCGGAGAAAGUGUCCACCACCCUGUACAGGCUGACCCUCAGCGCGGAGCACGGGCAAUACUACUGCCAGGCCACCGAGUGGAUCCAGGACCCCGACAAGAGCUGGUACCCCCUGAGCACCAAGAGGAGCUGCGACACCACCCUCCACCUCCAUGCUGCAGAUGUGAUGUCAGCCGUGUACAGCUCCACGACACAGACCCAUCCUCCCUGGAUAUUCUACCCCCUUAUGUUUCUGCCCCCCCUAGUUGCUGCAGCGUACUGAUAUCUGAUGGAAGAGACCAUGAGAGCGCGGGGGUGGCGGCUCCGUCACAAUGGCGUCCUGUGUUAUCUGCAGUGGACAGCAGGGGGCAGCACCCACCACUAUUUAUGUCCUGAUGAAUAAAAUAU